AUGGCUGCUCUCGACGUUCCCGAAACUGGGUUGUCUCUAUUAAGAGAUAACCCCGGAAACAAUGCCACUGCCAAACCGCCGCAGAUCAUGCGACUGAAUUUGGCUCAGAGUACUCUCGAUGAACUCAUACAGGGCUUACGGAAAGAUCAAACGGCUCGAAUUCGAUUAGGCAAACACCCGACCCUGUAUUACGGUUCCAAAACGCAGCAAUUUCACUCCGCACCCGAAAGUCACCGAUCCGAGGUCUACGCCGCUAGCUCCGCCGACAAAGAGAACCUAUACUUCGCAGGCGUUCUGAGUCACAGGUUAGAGGUUCAACGGGCCAAAGAGGCCACCGCGGCCACCGAUCAGGCUUUGGCGAACCUUGAGCAGAGCCUGAAUGCUUUCGAAAGAGGGAAGGAAUCAAAGAAAACACACAUGAUUACGAGCAUUGAUGAAGUCAAGGCUCUGCGAGCGGGUGAUCUCAGGUCCAGCACCGGUAGAGAGGCUGCCAUCCUGGCUCGAAAGCCGACAACCAAAGUGGAAAUAGAGAAAGAUCGUCUACUCAAGAAUACCGCCAACCGUUCCUUAUCCUCGAGCCCAGCGCUUGGUGUAUCUCGCUCUCCAGCCCCGAUACCGCCCCUCACUCCGACAUCCGCACCCUCCUCGCAAAACAAGGACCGCAUUCGCCUCGAUGCCCUCAAAGUACCUUUUAUUCAUCUUCUCGCCGUGCGUGCUGUCUCUGCGAAAUUUCUUGCACGCCAAACGCGAUCGUCCCUUGAAGACUGCUCAGCUCUGGCUCGGAAAUAUGGCAUCGAAAACCGGAUUGAUCCUGAAAAGUUCGAUCUUAGGGACAAGACUUACAAAGAACUGGACGUAUGGAGUUUCCCAUACCCUUCCCAGGAGGAGCGGCAAGAAGCUAUCGAAAAUGCCAUAUCGGCGUUUGAUCGGAUGCGGAUAUCGCGCUCGGAUAAACUCUGGCAAAUGCUGCUCCCCAAAGAAGAACGGGGCAAGGGCAAGUGCUUGUCACGAUUGGACCUGCGGACAGGGCCCAUCAAAAAGGCUCUCACUCCAAGAAUUCAAGUCCAUGCAUCUGACGAUAAUGGAAAGGAUGGCUAUACGACCGGCCACGAGACUGAUAGGGCCAGUGCCAACGGCCCGACUCCAAAGCCAGCUCCCAAGUCUUGCACGCCAGCUCCGAAGAAACGGGCCAAUGACAAAGAUUCUUCUACAAAACGAACAAACCCUGCCAAGAGCAAGACUUCCACGAAUAGCACGCUGACGGGACGGGUCACCAAGAAGGCGGAGCGGAAACCAGCAUCGAAGACGGACGGCAAGUUCAAAUCAGCAGAAUUUGUUCAGGAAUCGGACGAAGAUGACACAGACAUGCCGGAUGCACCGGUACCCGCACCGGCGCCAGUGAAGGCGAAGCCAGAGCAAUCAAAGAUCCAGCCUAAACUCAAACAGACUGCGCCGAGCAAAGUCGGAGAUCUCUCCCAUGCGUCGACGCCCAAGGUGAAUCAGUCCGAAGCCCCGCCUUCCAAAGCCGAACCAACUUCCCAGCAUGCCACCAAGUCUGUCGCUGCGAAGAGACCACCGUCCAAUCGAGCACCGAACCAGAGAUCACCUCAAAAACCCUCGCCUCUCGGAUCCUCUCCCCCAGCCAAUGUAUCGGAUGCCCAAAGUCGCAGUCGUUCUUCGAGUCAAAACCAUACCUCUAGUUCCUCGUCCUCUCCUCUUAUCACGCAGUUAUCCAAACCGAACAAGGUCACACAGUCGACUGGAGCGAUCAAAGUCACCAAGACAACGGAGUCCGUGAAUCCUUUGAAGCGCAAGGCAGAGACAGACCGACCACCUGCAAUUCAGUCCAAGACGACUGGCCGCACAACCGGCAACCUAGAACACAAGCGGAGGCGAGCAGUCAGUACUUCGAGUGGCAGCACUGGGAGCGCGUCGCCGCCUCUCAGUCGUGAGCUACUGCGCCAGCAAUUACGAGAGAAGUCGCAGAAAUUCAAGCAGUACUACGCCAAGUAUCGUGCACUGCAUGAUAACAUGGCUUCGCAUCCAGACCCACCGCGGGCGGAGUUGGAGCGAUUGCAACGACAGCAUAUUCGUCUACAACGAAUGAAGAAGGAAAUCUGGGACGAGCACGGACGACUCCGGGAUGGUCUCUAA